UGUCAGAGCAGUGAACUUGCAGCAGGGCUGUGAGAACUGACUGGCUUUGUCUUCAACACUUUUUUUUUUUUUUUGGUCCCCCUUUCCUCCUUUUCUUUUUCUUUCACGACCUGCCGAAAGUGACCAGGGUCUGCUUUAGCUGGAGACCCCCGCCGCCACCACCCAUAACAUUGCCAAGGCAGAGCCGUCACCUCUUCUUCAGAACGGAUUCCCCUUUUUUUGAUAUUUUUUUUUUCAUGCACUUUUCUCGGCUUUUGUUGCUGGAGGCUGGGCCUUUCUGUCUCGUGAAAUCUUAGGGAGAGUCGGGAUCCUUUCCUCAAGCUGUCCACCGCCUCUCACUUUUUAUUCUUUUUUUUUUGGUGAAGCGAGAAAGCUGGUCUUUCCUGCUAACCCAGUAAUAAAUGCUGUUUAUGAAGAUGGAUCUGUUGAACUACCAGUACCUGGACAAGAUGAACAACAACAUCGGCAUUCUGUGCUACGAAGGAGAAGCGGCGUUACGGAGUGAACACAGAAUGCAACCCCUUGCGAUGCCUACUGCACUCACCAAUCAUCGGACGGGCCCACCGCCUAUUAGCCCCAGUAAGAGGAGGUACAGCAUGGACCAAGGAGAUGAUGAACUAGACUGUGAAAAUGACCAUGUCUCAAAAAUGAGCCGGAUGUUUCACCCUCACUUAACCAAGGGUUUUAAUGGAGAUUACAGAAAAGAUCCACGGGACCGAAGUCGCAGCCCAAUAGAAAGAGCAGCAGCUCCCACGAUGGGUUUACAUGCAAGUCAUAUGUAUUCUUCAAUUCCACCUGUCAGUAUGGAUCAACCUCUGGCACUCACCAAAAACAGCGACUUGUCCAGAAGUUUGGGAUUGACACAAAGUAUGAGCCCCGUGGAACGACAGCAGGGACCUAAGGAGAUGUGGACCAUCAGACUGUACCCCUUGGAGCCCACCAAAACUAACGGAACGAACCGACCAUCAGUGAUCACAUGUGCUCCAGCAAGCAACCGGAACUGCAACCUCUCUCACUGCCCAGUUGUCCAUAGCGGUUGUGUUUCGGCAGUCCCGGCAAACUUCAGACGACCAUCAAACACUUCAACUGCUUGUGAUCCUGUGGUAGAAGAACAUUUUCGCCGGAGCCUCGGCAAGAAUUACAAAGAACCCGAGCCAGUAGCAAACUCUGUGUCCAUCACUGGCUCGGUGGAUGAUCAUUUUGCCAAGGCGCUAGGGGAGACCUGGCUCCAGAUCAAAGCGGCCAAGGAUGGAGUGUCCAGCAGCCCCGAAUCUGCUUCUCGAAGAGGCCAAUCUUCUCCUUCCUCUCACAUGGUCAACCAUAAUCACUCCCCGUCUGUACUGUCAUAGAGGCAAUCUCUAUGAGAUCAGGAGCAGCUGCUUUCACUGGGCUUUGAAAAAAAAAAAAUGCUAAAGAUUAGUGUCAGGGGAAGGGGAGUUAUUGUUUCUUUUGUGUACUUGCUUGGCACAAAGUGGAUGGCCUCUAAAAAAAACCUUUUAGCAAGAACUAUUGUCCUUUUGCAUUGUAAUGUAGCAACCUAAUUUCCUGCCUCUGUUACCAAAGAACUUCUAAUAGAAGCCUGCUACUCACUGACUGACCCAAUACAAAACCCACUCACUGUUGCAUCACACCAAUUGGUUGAUCCAAAUGCUUUUUGCUUACCAGCUUCUAGAAAUCGCGCACUUUGUGCCUUUUUUUUUUAUUUUUUUUAUUUACUUAUGUUGUAUUUUUCUCUUGAGUUUUAUCUUUGUGUAUAUACUUGAAAAGAACUGUCAUGUCUGAUUUGCACUAUUAAGAGAGGAUUAAGACUUUGAGAUGCUGAAAUUCAGAAGGCAACCUGUAUGGAUUGAGAAGUCAUCUGUCGAUGCAAACAUUUUGUGGCUGAACCAACAGAAGCUUUGGCUAAAUGUGUCCGUACACAGAUUAAUAAUGGGGGCUCCUGAUUAUCUUCCCAUGACAAAUAAAGAUGGAGCCUAUUAGACUUCAAAGUGUCCACUUCUUUUUUUGUACAGGGAGAUAAGCAGCUGCCUGAGAGGUCUGGUUAUGACUUGUCUCCCUUUCCAUAUUGAACAUGUAUAUUUAUGGGGCGGUCAGGAGACAUGGCUUUAGCCAACAGCUCUACUUUGUGUCUGGCCAGCUUUAGGGAACUUUGUCCUAUCUGUGGGCAGCAAACUGUGGAGCAGGGGGAGCUGAGCAGAUUGAUAUAUAGUGUUCAGUAUAACUUGUAUUUAUUCAUUUAAAUCACUGCUCAUUCUAUGCUUAGUCGUGUGGGCAUCCUACUUACUGACUGAAAGCCUUCAUUGUAUGAGUGUGUAUACAGAGAUAGCUGUCAGUCACUGAGCCACUGGACUCCUAAUUUAUUCAUUUAAAUUAGAAGUCAUAUAAAACUAUAUAU